UCGAAUCUUAGUCCAUCCAUCCAUCCAUCCAUCCAUCCGUCCAUCUUAUUCUCUCUCUCUCUCUCACUACAGUUUCCUUCUCUCUCUGGAAAAAUAACAAAAAAGGAAAACACUAAUCCCUUUCUCUGUCCACGAUUUUCACCGGAAUCCAAUUCCCCCGCGUGAACCUCUGAUUCAGUGCAAUCUCGAUAUAAGUCUCACUCCAAAGUUUGCAUAAAGGGAAAGGAAGGCUACUUCUGGGCUAACAAUGGGGGCCACAAGCUCCAAACUGGAUGAUGAUAAGGCACUUCAGCUAUGCCGUGAAAGGAAGAAGUUUGUUAGGCAAGCACUUGACGGGCGUUGCUCGCUAGCAGCUGCAUAUGUUUCAUACGUUCAAUCGUUGAAAAUUACAGGAACAGCUCUGAGGAAAUUCACUGAACCUGAAGCACCAAUGGAAUCUUCCUUGUAUACUUCCACUAAUGCAACGCCCGAGCCACUUGCUUUUAAUGAGAAAACCCCAUCUCAGUUCUCAUUCUCUUCACCAUCUGCAUCACAGCGCAUUGAUGCAGUUGAAACCUUUUCUCCAACUCCAUCUCCUCCCAGCUCUACUAAGUUCCAAGCCAAUCAUAUGAAAUUUAGCAGUAUUUCAUCUAAAAAGGUAGAAGAGAAACUGCCUGUACCUGUUAUAGGAACAGUAACAUCAUCGAGUACUCCACAGAAUGCCACUCCUCGUUCUACUGAAAGGUCCGAAACAUCAGCAUUUGAAGAUUCUUCUCUUCCAGUCGGAACUCCACCAUGGGAUUUUUUUGGUCUUUUUCAUCCUAUUGACCAUCAAUUUUCUUUUCAAGAAGGAAAGGGCAUGCACCAAGAUUUGGGAAUUGCCAAUGAUAUAACAAGAUUAAGGGAGGAGGAAGGGCUUCCUGAGUUGGAAGAUGAUGAAGAGAAGGUUUCUUCUCAAGCAAGUGAGGUAUCUCGUGACUCUGAAGAUGAAUUUGAAGAUGAGCCUGCCACAGAAACCCUCGUUCGAAAAUUUGAAAAUUUUAAUAGAGUUAACGACCAUGUUCAAGCCAAUGGAUUACCUGUCACAAAUAAGCCUCAAGCAGGGGAUUCAGCCGUGAACGGGGAGAAGGGGAGCUCUGCCUUUCCUGAUGUAUCACCAUUAAAGACAUCAUCUAAUGUAUCGGUGCUUCCAGCUGAAACAAAUAAGUUAGCGGAGAAAGAAAAUCACUUUGAAAAUAAAGUUGUACCUAAGGAUUUUUAUGCAAGCAUGAAAGAGAUUGAAUUUCUCUUUGUUAGAGCAUCUGAAUCUGGCAAAGAGGUCCCGAGAAUGCUUGAAGCUAAUAAAUUGCACUUUCGUCCUAUAUUUCAGGCCAAAGAAAAUUCUUCAGUGGCAUCCUCAUUUUUGAAGGCUUGUUGCUCAUGUGGGCAAGACCCAAGUCAAGUUGUAGAAGAACCUGCUCAAAACUCGGUGAAGUACUUAACUUGGCAUAGGACAAUGUCAUCUCGAUCCUCAUCGUCCAGAAACCCUUUGGGAGCAAACUCAAAAGAUGAUAUAGACGACCAUACAAAUAAUCUCUUUGAUAAUUUCUGUAUGAUCUCUGGAAGCCACGCAUCAACCUUGGAUAGAUUAUUUGCAUGGGAAAGGAAGCUCUAUGAUGAAGUCAAGGCAAGUGGGGUGAUCAGAAAGGAAUAUGACAUGAAGUGUAAAAUCUUACAGCAUCUGGAGUCGAAAGGAGAAAAGACCUCUACCAUUGAUAAAACCCGUGCUGUCGUCAAGGAUCUGCAUUCAAGAAUCAGAGUUGCUAUUCUUAGAAUAGACUCUAUAUCUAAGAGGAUCGAGGAAUUACGAGACAAAGAGCUUCAGCCACAACUUGAGGAGUUAAUUGAAGGGUUAAGUCGGAUGUGGGAAGUGAUGUACGAUUGCCACAAGCUCCAGUUUCAGAUUAUGUCAACAGCAUAUUACAAUAACCAUGCUAGAAUCACCACACAUUCCGAACUACGUAAACAAAUCGCUUCCUAUCUCGAAACCGAACUCCAUUAUCUGUCAUCAAGUUUCACCAAAUGGGUUGGAGCUCAAAAAGCCUAUCUGGCAGCUAUAAAUGGAUGGCUAAACAAAUGUGUUUCUCUUCAACAAAAAUCAGCCAAGAAAAAAAGAAGGCCUCAACCUCCACUCUUGAGAAUGUACGGUCCACCAAUUUACGCCACCUGUGAUAUCUGGUUGGAAAAGCUCGGCGAAUUACCUAUCCAGGAAGUCGUAGAUUCCAUCAAGAGUUUAGCAAAUGAAACUUCCCGAUUCUUACCACGUCAAGAGAAGAACCAUGCAAAAGGUGCAAAGCAUCCUCAUCUAGCGUCCUGGAACAAUGACGCUGGUAAUGAAUCGUCGGAUAAUCUAUUGAGAGACGACACUUCAGAAGACUGGAUGUCGGGUUUUGAUCAAUUUCGAGCAAGCUUUAUAAGAUUUCUUGGCGAAUUAAAUAAUUUUUCCGGGUCUUCAGUCAAGAUGUACAAAGAACUUAGACAAGCCAUUCAGCAAUCCAAGACUCAUUAUUACCAUAGAUCUAAUUCUCAGACUCAAGAUGAUAGUUCCACCAAGCCAGAAUCUCAAGUUGACAAGCCUGAGAAUAAAAAUUCCAAACAGUAAAAAGAUAGUUGCAUUAGACACAAAGGAGUUGCAGUAUUAUGAACUCAUGAAUUUUGACUUUCAUAUAAUCCCUUUGGAUGUGGCAUUUACACAUGACAAGAAGGGAAUAAAAUCUUCAAUAGUUUGGCCAUACAUUAUAUGAUAGUUUUAAGUUUUUCAAAAAUAAAAGGGUGUGGUGAACUUACUGGUUAGGUUAAUGAUGUAAUUACAGGGUUCUGUUGAAGUAUACAAAUAGAAGGAACUUGUAAAGUCUCAUUUUUGUCCGCUAAGCGACUUGGACUUAAUUUCCAUUACCAGUAUAAAAAUAUAAAUUUUUCCAUUCAUGA